CUACACGCACCCAUGGCGGAUAAUCCAAUAGUAACAUCAUCCAACUGCACUACAUAUUCUUCUUUCAUUCGCCCCCACGAAUUCAGUUUCGUCCAUUUCUUCCUUCUUUAUCACUUUCCCGUGUUCCUCUAGAAUUCUCCCCUCUUUUAUUCUCACCAAUUUCUUUUGCAGAUCUUGGUUUUAAGUUUUCUCUUCAUUUUAGUUGUUCAAUUUCAUCGAUUUUAGCAAAUAUGGCUGUUGCCAUGGCUUCUGGAAGCUUAUCAAGAGCUCAUACUCUUUGUAGAAGUACUGAAAUCCCUUUCUCUUCUAAGGCCGUGUUUGGUUUCUCUUCUCGGAGGCUCUACAUUUCCCCCCGGCAAAAAUUCCCAGUAUUGACAGCGCCAAUCACUGUUAGUCCACAAUCAUCCUUGACUACUGCUGUGGAGGAUGGAAGCUACCGCGACACGGAAGAUGUUCCUACCCCAAAAGUUAUAAUUGAUCAGGAUUCGGAUCCUAAUGCCACUAUUGUGGAGAUAACCUUUGGUGAUCGUUUGGGUGCUCUUCUUGAUACUAUGAGUGCACUGAAAAAUCUCGGGCUCAAUGUGGUGAAGGCAAAUGUCUUUCUGGAUUCAUCUGGGAAGCACAACACCUUUGCCAUCACUAAAGCUGAAAGUGGACGAAAGGUUGACGAUCCAGAGUUGCUGGAGUCAAUUCGCUUAACUAUUAUUAACAACUUGCUUCAAUAUCAUCCGGAGUCAAGUGAGCAAUUGGCGAUGGGAGCAACUUUUGGAAUCACCCCUCCAAAACAAGAGGUUGAUGUGGAUAUAGCAACACACAUAAGUAUUGUUGAUGACGGUCCAAACCGCAGCUUGCUUUAUGUUGAAACCGUUGAUCAUCCUGGAUUGUUGGUGGAUCUAGUGCGAACAAUAGCUGAUAUUAACAUUUUUGUUGAAUCUGGAGAAUUUGACACUGAGGGCUUACUUGCAAAGGCCAAAUUUCAUGUCAGUUAUCGGGGUAAAGCCCUAAUAAAGCCUCUCCAGCAGGUUAUUGCAAAUAGUCUGCGGUACUUCUUGAGACGGCCAACAACGGAGGAUGCAAGUUUCUGACCUGUGAUAAAACAAUGGAAACUAAUUGAACAGGUAUGUUAAUGAUUAUCUGAUUAUGGUUCAAAUGUUGCAGCGUUGCAAUUGUUGUAAAAAAAUCAUCAAUUAAGAUGUAGGAAAUUCAAACAAAUGCAUUCUUUAAUACAUUAUUGAUGUAUCAAAACUUCUGUAAAGUGAUGUAUGUGGAACUCAGGAAGUGAGUACACCUUGGGUCAUAUUUAGUCAUUGUAAACUUGGAGUUACUCCACAUAAUUCAUACCGAUUUUUUGACCUUAA